AUGGAUUUAUUAAAUAAUAAUCUGACAAUUCCACGAGGUAAUAAAUACAAACAAAAUUUAAACUGGACCGAUGUGCCGCAUCCACAACAAAUUUUAAUCACAAAACCAGAAGUUCAACUGAUAGCGAAAGAGACGAUAAGGAAAAUAUUCACCGAACUUUUACACACCUCAAAUCCAUCAAAAAUUACGCAAAGAAAAGUAUUUACAAAAAGUACAAACGAAAAGUAUUUACACGAAAAGUAUUUUAAACUAUGGAAGAACAUCGUGGAGACGAGAAGAGAGCGAAGAAGAAACCUCGAGCACGCCAAACAGCAGAAAGAUAAAAUAGAUUUCUUCAUACACGAAUUAAAGAAACGCAAAACUACCGUCCAAACGCUAACAAACCAAAGCAAAAACAUAAACAAAACCAACCUACACACCGGCAACAAUUACAGAAGCAGAUACGAAGCGCAAAAGUCCAUCAUCGAGCUGCAAAAGGCCAAACUAGAAGAGCAAAAUAGGAUCAUCAAAGAACUGAAAUUGGGACAACUCUGUGCGGAUUUGGAAAAGUCGCGCGUGAAGAUAAACAUUCGCGAGAUAUUCGCGAACUGUUCGAGGCAAUUGAAGCAUAAAAUACCAUUAGUAAUGAAAGAGGAAUCCAAAUUUUCGAUUGAUACGCGAAAGGUACCGAAGAUAAUACAGCUAGUCGAGCAGAAAUCGUUGGAAAGGGCCGAAAAGCGGCGGAUUAUCCUCGAAAGGAAACAACAAAUUGAAGAAGCCCGCCAGAAAAUGAUUGAAAAAGCGAUGGAAGAGAAGCGAGCAGUAGAAGAAGAAGGCAUAAAGAAGCAGUUAGAGUUGAUGAAGGAGCGCAGGAGAAAGGAACUAGAAAUGGAGAAAACCCGGCGAAGAAACCAGCAAAUCUACGCGGAAAAAUUCAACAAAGCCACGAAAUUUUAUAACUCCCUGUUACUAAACUUUUGCUUCCAUAAAUUGUACCGAAACGUGCAAAAACGCAGGGAUAACGAGCAAUUAGCUGCCUAUCAUUACAAGAGAAAUUUGCUAAAAAAAUGUUUAACAUCCUGGAUGCAGCUAAUAGAGGAUCAUCAUAAAGCGCAAUAUAAUAAAGCUGUUGAUCAUUACCAGGAAAAUAUAUUGAGAAAAACCAUCAUACAUUGGUGUAUGUUUCACCAAGAAUACGUUUUAAAUUACCAAGUAGCAGAGGAUCUUUACGAUUUCAAAUUGCUGAGUAAUGCAUUUACAAAGUGGAAACAAUACAUGAUUGAUCAAAUUAUGGAUAAACGUAAACGAGAAUUAUUGGAAUUAGAAAAUAGGAAAACUGAACCAGCUGAGCGUACUUUGGGAUUUUUAUUGGGAAUAAAAUCUAUG